ACCUCUCGCGGUGUUUGCGGGACGUGCAGCGGCUGUUCGCCACUUCACGUCGGCGCUGCACGGGAUCCAUAUGCUGGCCAGAGCGACGCGUAACAAAGCAAUGGGGACUUCUCCCACCGCGCUGCCAACAGUCUAGAAACACACCGGCCACGAAGCGCGCCCGACCGAACCACAGCGAUCGUCCGCCUCUCGGUGCUGGUGAGCCGCCUGUCAACUCCGGAGAACGGCGCGAUGGACCCGAGAGACACGGCCCCGGAUUCGUGGGAGCUGGAGGAGGACGCCGAGGCCCCGGCGGCCGCGGCGGGGCUCCAGGCCGCCUUCGCCGCCCUCAACGUCAACGCCAAGCCGUUCGUGCCCAACGUGAACGCCGCGGUGUUCGUGCCGAGCUUCGCCCACGGCGGCGACGCGGAGACGCCGGCUCCGGACGGUGCCCCCGACCCAGCCGCCAGCAUGGAGGUGGCAGAGGCAGCCGCUCCAGUGGAGAACGGAGGCCUGGAGGCUGACAUGACCACGGAGGAGGAGACGUGGGAGCAGAAGGAGGAGCCGGGAGGAGGUGGAGGAGGAGGAGGCGUACAGGAGGGCCUGGGUGAAGGUGACGCAUGCGAGGAAGGUGCCACAAGGAAAGUGGAGGAGGAGGAGGAGGAGAUGAUGAUGAUGGAGGAGGAAGAGGAGGAGAUGCCUGUGCCCAAAAUUGCUCCGGCGCCGCCAGAUGCACCCAAGAAAGAGCAUGUUAACGUGGUCUUCAUCGGUCACGUCGAUGCUGGCAAAUCAACUAUUGGAGGACAGAUAAUGUACUUAACUGGAAUGGUGGAGAAGCGAACCCUGGAAAAAUAUGAGAGAGAAGCGAAAGAAAAGAACAGGGAGACAUGGUACCUGUCGUGGGCCCUGGACACAAACCAGGAGGAGAGGGAUAAGGGGAAGACGGUGGAGGUUGGGAGAGCUUACUUUGAGACCGAGAAGAAACAUUUCACCAUCCUUGACGCCCCCGGACACAAAAGCUUUGUCCCCAACAUGAUAGGUGGAGCGUCACAGGCUGACCUGGCCGUCCUGGUGAUUUCUGCGAGAAAGGGGGAGUUUGAGACGGGCUUUGAAAAGGGCGGACAGACACGGGAGCACGCCAUGCUGGCUAAAACAGCAGGAGUCAAGCACCUCAUCGUCCUGGUGAAUAAGAUGGACGACCCCACCGUCAACUGGAGCCUCGAAAGGUACGAGGAGUGUAAGGAGAAGCUGGUGCCAUUUCUGAAGAAGGUGGGCUUCAACCCCAAGAAGGACAUCUACUUCAUGCCUUGCUCUGGACUCACGGGUGCCAACCUUAAGGACCCUGUGUCUGAAUGCCCCUGGUACACGGGUUUGCCAUUUAUUUCCCACCUGGACAGUUUGCCAAACUUCACCAGAUCCAACGAUGGACCAGUGAGACUACCUAUCGUGGACAAGUACAAGGAUAUGGGCACAGUUAUCCUUGGGAAGCUGGAGUCUGGAUGCAUCAGUAAAGCCCAGCAGCUGGUCAUGAUGCCAAACAGGCACACAGUGGAGGUACUGAGCCUGCUGAGUGAUGAUGUGGAGACGGAUGAUGCUUGUCCUGGGGAGAAUCUGAAGUUGAGGCUGAAGGGUAUCGAGGAGGAAGAAAUCCUGCCCGGAUUCAUCCUCUGUAGCCCCGACAACGUGUGCCACUCUGGUCGCACCUUUGACGCACAGAUCGUCAUCAUUGAGCACAAAUCGAUCAUUUGUCCUGGUUACAAUGCAGUCCUUCACAUCCACACCUGCAUUGAAGAAGUGCAAAUCACAGCCUUAAUCUGUCUGGUGGACAAGAAAAGCGGGGAGAAAAGCAAAACACGACCACGCUUCGUGAAGCAGGACCAGGUGUGUAUCGCCAGGCUCCGGGCAGCGGGAGUCAUCUGCUUAGAGACCUUCAAAGACUUCCCUCAGAUGGGACGAUUCACGCUGAGAGAUGAAGGCAAAACCAUCGCCAUCGGCAAAGUGCUGAAGCUGGUGCCAGAAAAGGACUAAAUGCAACGAUGGCAGCCUGCACAGAGUUCUUCAGAGGAGAAACGCUGCUAAACCGACCCAACAGCUGCUCUCUCUUUACACACAACUAUGCUGAAGAGAAGAACAAAGGACAAGGAGGGAAGGAGCAUUAAACAAAUUUGUCAAAUGAA